UUCUUCCCCUCUAACCGUCUUUCUAAACAUAAUGUUCCAAAACUGAAUCUUAGUUUAGUAUCAUUUAACAACACGGUUAAAGAAAUUUCAAGCAGAGCAACUGUGUGUUGGAUUUCCUCUACAGUAAGCACCGCAAAACAAUUUCACAGUCUCUCUUGGUGGGUUUUUUGCUGUCAAGAUUUCUAUCUGGGUAAUGUUUGAUUUCCAAUUCCAAGGUGGAAAAUCUACCUUUUGACUUCUUAAACUUAGAGCUUGACUUGUUGAAUUGAAUCAAAUUCAUGAUCCUAUUGUUUAAUAUCGUUAAAUCCUCAUCUGGGUUUGCUAGAUUUCGCUUUGCCUAACUUUUUUGAUCAAUUUAUAAUCUUUUCCUCUCGUUAUUUUAUUGUGCUUAGAAAGUUUAUGAUCCCAUUACUUUAGCUUCACGUCCAAAUCCCCAUCUGGGUAUGCUUGAUUAUGUAGUAUCAUGAACAUAUAUGCAAAUAAUACUAAGGCUUUCAAAUCAUAUCCAAGAGGUGAUUUUGAUUUAGAGUCAGGAACCCUUAGAAGGUCCCGAAAAUCGAAAAACUCCUCCCUGCACCCUUUCAAAAUGAUCAAAUGUUUUGCUAACCGCCUUAAUUACUUUUACAAAUUGCACCCAUUUCUUUUAUUCUUCAUUUCAUUGUCUUUUGGGGUCACAAUCCUCAUUGUUUUAUUUCUAUAUGAGAGCCGGCACCGAACAAUGAAUGAUUUUGGAAAACUCGAUUUGGGGUUGAAUGAUUAUCCAUUUGCCAACCUUAGUAAUCUUGUAAUGGUUGCUGGACAUUCGGUUUAUACUAGUAGUUGUGGGAAAGUUGAUAGGGAGGAUUCUUGGUUUUUGGAGUCUUAUCAGAAGCAUCCCGGACAGGCUGCUACUUUUGUGGCUCAUAUUCAAGAGGGAGUUGAAAUUGUUUCGAAGGAUGAUGGGGCUUUGCUUUUGUUUAGUGGUGGUGAGACUCGUAAAAAUGCUGGUCCUCGUAGUGAAGCACAGAGUUAUUGGGCUGUUGCUGAAUCAAAAGGAUGGUUCAGUAACGAGGAAAGUGUGAGAUGGAGGGCAUUGACCGAAGAACAUGCCAGAGAUAGCUUUGAGAAUCUUCUCUUCAGUGUGUGUAGAUUCCGAGAACUUACUGGAAAAUAUCCCCAAAACAUAACUGUCGUUAGUUAUGAUUUCAAAGCGGAAAGAUUUGCAAACUUGCAUCGCUCUGCAAUUAGUUUUCCAGAGUCCAGGUUCUUUUAUUCAGGCACCCCAGCCUCAUCAACUUCCAAAGAGGCUGCUUUGAAAGGCGAAUCAUUGGUGAGAUCUCAAUUUCAAGAAGAUCCUUAUGGCUGUAAAGGUUCUCUCUGGCGUAAAAAACUAGGGCGUGAUCCCUUCCACCGGUCGAUUCCUUAUCCAAAUGGUUGUCCUGAAAUUAAAGAUCUAUUCAGAUACUGUGGAGAAGCUCCUUAUCCAGGUUACCUCCCUUGGGCGUAGAAAAUAUUAAUCAUUUCAACCAUAAUAUGCUGUCUUAGUCCAUAAUAUAUGAUACACCAGCAGAACAAUCACAGAACAGAUGCUUGACUUGGCAGUAUACCUUCUUCGUGUUAAUUUUAUUUGCUAGAAAUUAUUGAAAGACAAGUAGACAGAAACUUUUUGCUGCUUUCAAAUUUUGUUAUCACAUUGGCCAUGGGCAAGUGGCUCAAUAAGAUAUCCUACCAUGCAUUUCAUGUU